AUGAAAUUUAUACCAAAUUUCUUCAUAAGAACAGCUUUUCGGUUGGAAAAACCUUCUUAUGUUAGGCCUUUAUGUUUUCCUUUUUUUUUCAGAAAAAUUUGCCAUGAAACAGAGAUGAUUAUUCAAAAUCUUUUAAAAAUAUCACCUGUUGUUCUUUUCAUGAAAGGAACCCCUAAUGAACCACUUUGCGGGUUUUCACGUGCAGCAAUUCAUAUUUUAAACUUGUACGCUAUUGAUCCAGCAAAAUUUUCAACAUUUAAUGUUUUGGAUGAUGACCGUAUAAGACAAGGAAUUAAAGAAUAUAGCAAUUGGCCAACUAUUCCACAGCUUUAUGUUAAUAAUGAGUUUAUUGGAGGCUGUGAUAUUCUGCUUCAAAUGUACAGAAAUGGAGAACUUGAAGAACUUCUUCAUAAAGCAGGUGUUUUAUUAGGGUUAGAUGAAAACAUGCAUCAUCAUGUCUAG